AUGGAUAGUCCAACCUCCCCUGACAAAAGUCACAAAACCCCGCUUCUCCCAGUCGAGGAUCAUUCAAUCCAAAAACCAAAGAGCAGCUGCUUCUGUUCGUCAUUGAAAUCAAUCUUAGCAUCAAACAAUCUCUCAAUUUUACUAGGACCUCUUUCGAGCACCAUUGUGUGCCUUUUUGUAAAGUUCGAUGGCAAUGUGACUAGCCGGAACAUGCUAGCUGUGCUUGCUUGGAUCUUCGCCUGGUGGCUCACAGAGGCUCUGCCUAUGCCAAUAACAUCAAUGUCUCCACUCUUUCUCUUCCCAUUCUUCGGCAUUUCCUCCGCGGAUGAGGUUGCACACUCGUACAUGAACGAUGUCAUUGCCCUUGUUCUUGGAAGCUUUAUAUUGGCUCUUGCUGUUGAGCAUUAUAACAUCCACAAAAGAUUGGCCUUAAACAUUACACUGUUAUUCUGCGGAGAUCCUCUGAAUCCACCAUUGCUGCUUCUGGGAAUAUGUGCAACCACAGCUUUCGUAAGCAUGUGGAUGCACAACGUGGCAACGGCAGUGAUGAUGGUACCGGUAGCCACCGGAAUUCUUCAUCGUUUUCCGACCGGUCCGAACCAGCCAGUCGUUGUAGGCAAGUUUUGCAGAGCUGUGAUUCUAGGGGUGAUAUACUCAGCAACCAUUGGAGGGAUGAGCACUCUCACUGGGACAGGUGUGAAUCUCAUACUGGUUGGAAUGUGGAAGAGCUAUUUUCCAGAAGCAGAGGCGAUCACUUUCAGCACCUGGUUUCUUUUCGGGUUCCCUUCGGCUUUGUUACUGUUCUUCGCAAUGUGGGCGGUCCUUUGCUACUUGUAUUGCUCGAGGAGCUCGGGGCAGGCUCUCUCUCCUUAUUUCGAUAAGAGCUUUUUGCAGAAAGAGCUCGAAAUGUUGGGUCCAAUGACUUUUGCUGAGAAGAUGGUUUUGGCUUUGUUUUCGAUGCUGAUUUUUUUGUGGAUGACAAGAAGCAUAACAGAUGAUAUUCCGGGCUGGGGAGUCCUCUUUGACGGGCGUGCUGGCGAUGGAACUGCGAGUGCUAUGGUGGCAACUUUGUUGUUUGUUUUUCCAAGCAAAAAGCAGAAGGGUGAGAAGUUGAUGGACUGGAACAAAUGUAAGCAGCUACCCUGGAACAUAAUAUUGUUACUAGGUGCUGGUUUGGCCAUAGCAGACGGAGUUCGAUCUAGUGGCCUUGCAGAUAUAUUGUCGAAAACAUUGGAUUUCUUGGAAGCAGUCCCAUAUUUCGCGAUGGCGCCUGCUGUGUGUCUCAUAAGCAGCACCAUCACUGAGUUGAUUACAUCAAACAAUGCCACUACGACGCUUAUUGUGCCUCUCCUAAUUCAGAUGGCAAAAACUAUGCAUGUGCAUCCACUGCUUCUUAUGGUUCCUGGAGGCAUUGGUGCGCAGUUUGCUUUCUUGCUUCCCACAUCAACCCCUUCAAAUACAGUUGGAUUUGCUACCGGCCACGUUGAAAUCCGGGAUAUGAUCAAGGUUGGUUUGGCAUUAAAGAUUGCUGGGAUUGCUGUGGUUUCUGUUUUGAUGCCUACACUCGGAGCGUUUGUCUUCGGGACAAAUGCACGAGUUCAAUGA